AACUAACAGUUAAGCACAAAAAGACCUUUGUAACCUAAUUAAUCAACAACAAAAUGAACUCAUGCUUCUUAACCUAUAGGAGAGGAAACAAAGGGGAAACCCACUUGAUUGAUUAGUGUUACUCGAUCAGUUGAGUAAGUGGCUCUUUUAGACCUGGUGUAUUAAGAGCUUUGAUGGGAGUCACAGGAGCAGGAAAAACCACUUUGUUAGAUGUUCUAGCAGGAAGAAAAAACACAGGAUAUAGAAGCAUUAAAGUUUCAGGGUAUUUAAAGAAGCAAGAAAAUUUUGCUAGAGUUUCAGGAUAUUGUGAACAGAAUGAUAUCCAUUCUCCUCUCAUGACUGUCUAUGAAUCUGUCGUCUUCUCGGCGUCUCUUCGAUUACCCAAGGAUAUUAGCUCCAAAGCUAAACAUAACUUUGUGGAUGAAAUCAUGGAAUUGAUCAAGCUUAGUCCAAUAAAAGAUGCAUUAGUCGGAAUGUCAAAUAUAAAUGCUCUCUCAGUAGAACAGGGGAAAAGGCUAACCGUAGCAGUAGAGCUGGUUGCAAACCCUUCCAUACUGUUCAUGGGUGAGCCUACUUCCAACAGUUUCAUACACAUAAAGGGAUUAACAAACAAACCAAAUGGGUCAUCUGCUGUGUUUAAAUCAUAA